UGUCCCAGGAAGUCCCGGGUAGGUAGACGUCGCACCCGGAAGUAAAGCGGCUCCGCGACGGAGCUGCAGUGCGCGCGACAGGGGCCUGAGUAUCCCGCUUUCUUGGGAAGAAACCACCAAGUCGGGUCAGUGCUGCAGGCUCCAGCCACUGGCCCGGUUGACCAUGGCCCUUUCUGUGGAGACCGAGUCGCACAUCUACCGAGCUCUGCGCACUGCCUCUGGGGCUGCUGCCCACCUUGUGGCCCUGGGCUUUACGAUCUUUGUGGCUGUGCUUGCCAGGCCUGGCUCCAGUCUGUUCUCCUGGCACCCCAUGCUUAUGUCUCUGGCUUUCUCUUUCCUGAUGACCGAGGCACUGCUGGUGUUCUCUCCUGAGAGUUCGCUGCUGCGCUCCCUCUCACGGAAGGGCCGAGCACGCUGCCACUGGGUACUGCAGCUGCUGGCUCUGCUGUGUGCACUGCUGGGCCUAGGUCUUGUCAUCCUCCAUAAGGAACAGCUUGGCAAAGCCCACCUGGCCACGUGGCAUGGGCGGGCAGGGCUGAUAGCUGUGCUGUGGGCCGGGUUGCAGUGCUCAGGUGGGGUGGGGCUGCUCUACCCUAAACUGCUGCCCCACUGGCCCCUGGCUAAGCUCAAGCUAUACCAUGCCACUUCUGGGCUAGUGGGCUACCUUCUGGGUAGUGCCAGCCUCUUGUUGGGCAUGUGCUCCCUCUGGUUCACCGCCACAGUCACUGGUGGGGUCUGGUACCUUGCUGUGCUAUGCCCCGUCAUUACCAGUUUGGUCAUCAUGAGUCAGGUGAGCAACGCCUACCUGUACCGCAAAAGGAUCCAGCCAUGAGCUCUUCCCAGCCUAGAAGCCUGGAUUUGCCCCUCAGUGUAGUAGUGGGGGCUGGGGCCUCCUGGAUUUUCUCAGCUAAGUCAUGAGGACAUCUCAGGCACUGGGAAAGUCUAAAGUAGGAGUCUUGUGUGUGACAUUUUUUGCUUGCUCCUCAUGGUGGAGCAUGCUUCUAUACUGUCCCAGAGGAGCUUAUGGAUGAUGUCUGGAUGAAGCUGGGGUUACAAACCUACUUCCCCAGCAACUCAACUCAUACUUGUACUGGUAUGUCUGGAAAUUACAGGAGAGAAAAAAGCAAAAUAAAGAAGAAUGACUGAAAAGAC